UGGCUGCUGCCGUCCUCUUGCUAAAGCGGGCACUGGCUUAGGAAUGCCUCAAAACUUUUCUUCGUUAGCCCUUCGCACUCGGAUGUCGAGUGUGGGUAACGCCCAGUGGAUAAUGAGAAAAAAAGCAAGCGAGUGCAAAGGGUUAACAAUGAGGAAGAAAAUAUGGGGGCAGAGAGAGAAUUUGGGUUCCCAAAUGGUCCACCCGUAACCUGGAAGCUUUCCACAGCCUCUCCCUGCGGCUGGUCCCCUGGGAAAGAACAGGUGUCACCCCGUGGGGCCCUUCUCGGCCCCCUGCCUCCCUGUGCUGUUGGUGACUGUCACAAAAGCACCGGUGAUCUCCAAGGCCUCGCUCCCUCCAUGGUCCUUCGCUCAGAGCAUUGUCUGGGGGGACGGAGACAAGCAGUGCCCGUCCUUGGUCCCGCUCGCCGUACACGCGCUUCCAGCCUGCGGUCCCCGGCCCCGGCCCGGAGGAACCGGGUCAUCGUCAGCGGCUUCGUGAGACUUUCACUGAAUAGCCAUUUGGAGGAGCUGUUUAUGUAUCGCCACUCUCGGCCCAUUUUUGACCUGCUUGACAUGGAUGGGGAGCAGAGAAUUGGUGAAGCCACCUUCCAAACGUACAGAUUUCUCUUUAAUAUCCAUAAACAGGAACUCACAGAGCUCUUCCAUGACUUUGACGUCACAGGUGACCAGCGCCUCAAUUACAAGGAAUUUAAGCUGUAUACUAUCUUCUCCAUGGACAAAUUCCAGAAGAGGCAGAAAGCAGAGAGAGAAAGACAAAAUGUCUCAGCUACUAAACUUCACAUCAAGUGGCUGUGAGCAAAGAGAGUCUCUUGGAAAACAAACGGAAUCUGGAAUAGGCACGAUUAAACUGUUAAUAUGGCUAAAAAUAAAUUUAGAGCAUCAAAGUG